ACAAAGUCUGAGAGUGCAGGGGGUGUUGGUGCAAGAAGAAAGGGUAAUUAGCAAACGUGACCAAGUCCGAACCUGCGAGGAAGGAGAAGUGUUCGGAUGACGUGAAAAAAGCAUGGAGGGAGCAUGGGACAUGCAUGGGAAGCGUGGCGAUUGUAAGCAUGUGUGUGUGUGUGUACGGAUAUGUGUGUAGCAUACACUUUGAUUUUGCUAACGUGUUUCAUUACACGCGUAGAGCCUGCCUGCGCCAAGCCCUUUUUGGGGGCCUGGCGUCGGGUGUGACGUUGGAAGGGGGUUCCAGGACGAAGCUAUUUCCGGCCUUUAUUCUUUUAUUGGGUUCGGCAACGAUUUCCUUACUCAGAAUACGCAGACAGCGAUCGCACUGUUGGUUUUCGACAAAAGAAGUAAAACGAGGCAUAUCAAUGACAGGACCAGUAAUGUCACUGAUACGACGACAGAUGGGUUUUUCUCUCUCUCCCGAAGAGAGCUGAUCAUGUUGGGUUUCAAGGGACUCGAGAGGGGGGGGAAUGGGGUACAGGAUAUGGACCAGAUGGGUUGUGAUUCAUUGUCUCGCGAUAUGGCACUGAAGUCCGUAUCCAGCACGACUCU